GGAGUGGAUAAUGAAAAUGAAGAUGGGCGUGUGUGAGAGAUGGAAGCUCAUCCUCACUUCUGUCAAGCUUCCACGUUCCUUGGCAAUCCUCCUCGACCACCUCCUUAUUUUCCUUCUCCAUUGGGAUUGGGACCCUUCCACACAAAACCCUAUUCUCAUUCUCGCAUCUCUUCUUCCUCCAACAACUUCCCACGUUGGGAUUCCAAUAACCAAACCUUUCCACCCCCAAACUUCAACUUCAAUAAUGCAAGAACCAAGCGUCAGGAACAACAACAAGAUGAUGAUGAUGAUGAUGAUGAAUUUGGGAACAAGAGGCAGUGGUGGUCUGAUGAGUCUCCAGAAAUUGAGGAAGGAUAUAGUACCGGUACUUGGGAAGAUGCUUUAGAUACUUUGUGGAUUUUCAAGGUUUUUAAAUCCUAUGGUUGGACGCUGCCUAUCAUCGUCGCGUCAUUGCUGCUUUCUACCGGCCCAAAAGCUUUCCUCAUGGCAUUAGCAAUUCCUCUCAGUCAGUCAGCACUUUCACUAGCAUUUGAGAAAUUAUGGGGACAGUUCGAGAGCAAACCCAAGCGUAAGUCCAGGAUGAAGAGGAAACGAAGAAAUGUAAACGACACCCGAGUUGAGGAAGAACGAGAAGAAAACCAGAAAACUAAUACGAGGAAGGCAGGGAUGCAAUCGUGGGUAGUUGAGGAUGAUGGUUCGGUUGAUAGUGGCAGCCGAGAUGCACCGAGUUUUGGUGGAUGGGAUGACUUGGAGAGAUCUAGGCCAACAAGAAGAUCUCAAGCAAGGAAGGGGUCACAAAGGAUGCCUAUGGAAGGCAGUAGGUUGAGUAGGAGAGAAAGAAAAAGUGACAGACCACUCUUGGUUCGAUUGCUUAUAGCUAUUUUUCCAUUUUUGGGUUCAUGGACAAAGAUGUUGUAAUAGUCUCGUUUAUGGGUUGAGAUCCUCUCUAUCUAUAUCUGCUGAUAUAAUUCAUAGUGGGAGAAAAAAAAGGUAAUAAAAAACGUUAAAUUGUAUCCGAACCAUAUAUAUUUUUGUUGUCCAAAUAACAUUUAUGAUUGUUAUAGGUGCAUACAAGUCCAAGAGCAAAUUUCAAUUGGUGUGUAACAAUUUCCUCUCUGAAAAGAGCUACAAUUGUGCACAGUUGGGAAAAAUUUGGUGCAAUAUGUAUAAUUAUUUUCAUGGAGAUACUAUAGUGGAUCACCUUCAUA